CUUGGUGCUCUUUCUUUUGUACCUUCAGCAUCCGAAAAAUCUAAAACGGUCUGCUUGAAAUUGCUCUGCCAGCUCCUUGAAGAAGACUAUAGAUUGAUCCGCUUGUCUGAAAGGGCAAUCCCCAAUGUUCUUGCAGGAAUUGGCUAUGCCUUAUCUUCUUCUGUGAACAUUUAUUUUGUUAAACUUCUCUGUUGUUUAAUGGAAUUGUGGGAUAAAAGUGAUGGUCCUUCUGCUAGUGUGUCUAAUGGGCUCAUGGUACUGCAUCUAAUGGAAUGGAGUUUUUCAAAUUUUAUCAAUUCCCACUCUGCAGACAAGAUUGAUCUUUUCAGUAGAGAGGUAUUGAAGAAUACACGACCAGCAUUCUCUUUGUUUGCUGUAGUCAUGGCUGCUGCUGGAGUAUUAAGAGUCAUCAAUAGAUCUGAACAGAAAGCAUUAAUGGAGUUAAAGACUUCUGCAGAGGGACGUAUCGAGAUUAUUGCUCAUGGUUUAGUUUCUAGUGCCAGAGAUGCUGAUUAUGCUACCGUGGAGCCAAGAAACUCCUUUUUGUUACAGUGUCUAUCAUUAGCUUUAUCUAAAAUUGGUCCAUUUUCUUACCAAGCUCAUGUGUUUCUAUGCCUCACUACAGCAUUGCUGACUGAAAUCUUCCCCUUGCCACGUAUUUAUGUCAAAAUCCAAGAAUCACCUUCUGGAAACUUGGUGGGAUUAGUUCUCAAUGAGGUCCAGCAACAUCUAGACAGCAUUAUUUUUAAGGAAGCAGGAGCCAUAACUGGUGUUUUUUGCAAUCAGUAUGUCUUGGCAGAUGAAGAAAACCGAAGUAUAGUAGAGGAUAUCAUAUGGAAUUACUGUCGGGAUGUCUAUAUGUGGCAUCGGCAGGUUGCUUUGAUGCUUCGAGAUAGGGAGGAAGCACUAUUAGGGAAUCUGGAAAAAAUUGCUGAAUCUGCUUUCUUCAUGGUUGUGUUCUUUGCCUUGGCAGUAACAAAGCACAAGUUAGGUUUAGGUGCUCCCCAAGAAAUUCAAAUGAGACUUUCAGUGAGGAUAUUGGUUGCAUUUUCUUGUAUGGAAUAUUUUCGCAGAAUGCGUUUGCCAGAGUAUAUGGAUACGAUUAGAGCAGUUGUUACUAGGGUUCAGGAGAAUGAAUCUGCCUGUGUCUCAUUCGUGGAGUCUCUUCCAUCUUAUGAUGAUUUGACAAACCAAGCUGUACCUACUAGCUUUCAGAAAAUGGAAUAUCUUUGGACUACUGAUGAAGUGCAGACUGCUCGGAUAUUAUUUUAUCUGCGAGUAAUCCCAACUUGCGUAGAAUGUAUACCAGCCUCUGUAUUCCGCAAGGUGCUGGCUCCAACCAUGUUCCUAUACAUGGGGCAUCCAACUGGGAAAGUGGCUAAAGCCUCACACUCAGUGUUUGUCGCUUUCAUGUCCUCUGGGAAGGAUGCUGACCUAGAUGAAAGAGUUACUUUAAAGGAGCAACUUGUAUUCUAUUAUGUCAAGAGAUCUUUAGAGGGAUAUCCUGGGUUUACUCCUUUUGAGGGACUCGCUUCUGGAGUUGUUGCACUGGUUAGACAUUUGCCUGCUGGAAGCCCGUCUAUAUUCUAUUGCAUCUCCUGUCUCAUUGAAAAAGCUGAUAGCCUUUGUAGUUCAGUCAAUACUACUCCAAAAAAUGACUUGUGGAAGAGUUGGGAUGGAGAGUUGGAGCCUUUCAAGCAGAUGUUGGAUUUGCUUUUACGUCUCCUUUCUCUUGUUGAUAUACAGGUUCUGCCUAGUUUAAUGAAGUUACUGGCGCAGUUGGUCGUUCGUUUACCUUCCAAUGGCCAGGAUAUGAUUCUCAACGAGUUAUAUCAACAUGUUGCAGAAUCGGAUGAUGUUAUACGGAAACCGACAUUGGUUUCAUGGUUGCAGUCACUUUCUUAUCUUUGUUAUCAAAAUACUAGCAAGAAAACACCAAAAGGGGUUGGACAAGUAAUACAUGAUUCCAUGUCAGGGGCUACGGAUUCAUUAACCAUGAAUAAAAUCAGUGCACGUCUAUAAAGAGUUGAGAGCAAAUUCAGCAUUCAACACCAAGGGAUGAGUUAUGAGUGCUGCCACCAGAUCAGUUUCUGUGGACCCAUAAACCUGUGUAAAAUGCGUUGGCUUCUGCCCAUGGCUGCAUCCCUUGAAGAUUUACCCUUUGUUCAUGAAGACUUGUGUGCGCUUUGAGAUGGUAUCGACACAAACUUGACCAACAGAUUCAGUUCAGCAAGAGGAAGUAUGCUGCAGGGUGAAGUGGCAGUUGCUCGUUUAUACCAACUUCUGGCUGCACUUGAUCAGGCUCUCAUUAUCUCGCCUACUACUUGUUUUACUUGGUAUCUCGCUAUGUCAUUGCUCAUUCCGCAGUGGAUGGUGGCCUCACUUCCUCCAACAAAUUAAUGCUGGAAUAGAUUGAAAAUGUUUUAACAUAGACAUCAUACGACUUAUAGACUAUACUGUUUUCUGUUUGAUUAUUCUGAAUUAGGAAUAUUAGUUUGUUAGCAGAAAUUGUUGGCAAACAUUAUGAAGCGGUUCUUCCCUCAGCUCACUCUUGUAGUAGGGGACUGGAGACUUUCAGAGGUGUAGGCUUAAUUGGCUUUCACUGGGUGUAUAUAUCCCUAAGCUCUUGAAUAAAUGCCCCAAUACCGAAUUCAAUGUGUUUUGACUCAUUUUA